AUGGCUGUCGGAAAUAUCGGAAAGAUCCUCGUAAACAGAACUAUCAGUAUCAAGAACGCCAACGACUUAUUGAAGGGAAAAAUCUUCGAGGUUUCUUUGGCCGAUUUGCAAAAGGAUGAGGACCAUGCUUUCUGCAAGGUCAAACUCUGUGUUGAUAAGGUUCAAGGAAAGAACUAUUUGAUCAACUUCUAUGGUCUCGAUUUCAUAUCAGACAAGCUCAGAUCCCUUGUCCGAAAGUAG